UGUGUGUCUGUGUGUGAGGCAGCUGAUCUAAAUACUGUAAGAAAAGACACCUCAGUGACAGAUGACAUUGUGCUCUGUAUUCAAAAGCUGUAUGGAAAUUCACACACUCCUGAAAGAGACAGAGAGAGAGGGAGCUCUUCACUGCGGAUAAAAGGCGAAUGCAGAUAAAUGAAGCAGUUUGCGUGUCCGUUUAGGAUUGAGGCUACAUGGGUGGACUGAGGUCGCGUUCUCCUACAAGGUUACAGCUAUAAUUAUGGUUUUACCUCCACCCCAGAGACUCUGGGUGGGGAUACUGGCGGUAAUGAUCCUGCUGUUGGAGUUCCCCGGAGCCCUGCACAAGUGCAUCUUUGAUGAGGUUCAGGCUCAAUCCAGGGUGGUCCGAGCUGCUGGCAGCCCACCUAACGAGCCCAGAUUCAGAGCCCAGACCGGGAAACGAACCCAUCAUCCAGGAUGGAGGUCAUCACCUCUGCGUGGCCUUACACUGAGGCAGAGGAGAAGCCUAAGAAACAUGACCCCGACUACUCCUGCUGCUACUCCACAGCCAAUCAGGAUCCAGAGCUGGAUUCAAAGGGAGAGCAGCAGCCUAUCAAAGACUGAGCGGAAGAGGCUGGAGGCAGCGGUGGAGGAGGCUGUGAGGAUGGUGUCUUCUUUACUGUCAGUGAACAGAGUGCAGGGUCCGUUGCUGCUCAGCAGAGACGUCAAUAAAUACUGCAAGUUUCUCUGGAGGAAUUCAAGUACUGCUAACUACAACAGGUGUGGUCGAGCCAACAAUAACUACAGAUCUGAAACCUGUUUGGAUGUGACCAUUCCAGAUGAUCAUCUGGCUGGAUGUGACAUUUACGCAAACGCUGAUUCACCUCGUAGGACUGAGCUCCGACCUAAAGGUGCCGGAGUCCCCGACACGGACUUCUUGUUGUACCUCCACGUGCGGGACACUGAUAAGUGUAGAGCAGAGCCCAACGUGUUGGCCUACGCUGUCCACUGCCGGACAGACGUCCACGGACGCCCUGUGGCUGGGGUGGUGGUCAUCUGCAGGGGCAGGCUGACAGAAGCUGCAUACAGCCACCAGGCUGCUGUACAGACUGUGAUCCAUGAGCUGUUUCACACACUUGGUUUCUCUAAACAUCUCUUCCACACCUGGAGAGACUGUUCCUCCACUUCUUCAGGGGGAUCUGGCUGUUCUCCUCGAGGCCAAGUGACUCACUCUGAUGGAGCAGGCCAGAUGAGGAUUUACACCCCAUCCGUCAUCUCAGCCCUGCAGAAGCACCUGGCGUCCUCUGACCCUGAACUAGGAGGGCCGCUAGAGAACCUGGAUGCACCUCCAGGCAGAGUGUCCUCUCAUUGGGAGUCCAGGGUCCUGCAGGGCUCUAUCAUGGCGGCGGUGCUGGAGGACUCGAGCACAGUCCGGAUCGACCCGGUCACCUUGGCUGCUUUACAGGAUACAGGCUGGUACACGGUCAACCGGAGUCAGGCACAGAGUCUAGUCUGGGGAGACGGUGAAGGAGCUGUGUUUGGUUCCCUGUCAACCUGUCAGGACAAGUCCUCGUACUUCUUCUGCACUGGCAGUGGUUUUGGAUGUCAUUAUCUUCACCUCCACAAGGGAGAGUGUCAGACUGAUCAAUACCUGGAGGGAUGUCGAAUGUAUAAACCACUGAAAAACGGGAGUGAAUGUUGGAAAGAGGAAUACAACAGGCGGGCAGCUGAAGAGGACCGGAGCGGUGAAAUCUUUGGCUUUGACAGCCGUUGCUUCUUCUCCAGCCUGACUACACAGAACGACAGCAACUCUGUGGAGGGACGUUGUUACAGACACAGGUGUACUGGACCAAACAGGUACCAGAUCAAGGUGUCUGGCUCUGAAUGGGUGGACUGUCCAGCAGGGGGCACCAUUCAGGUAAAAGGAUAUCAGGGUUUGGUUUCCUGCCCUGACAGGAGGUUAUGUCUGUACCCUGACAUCGCUCCUCCGUCAGACGACGUCUUUCCUGCUUCUAUCACAAGUGAUCCCGGUGACACUCAAACCUGGUCGCUCCUCUGCAUCCCUGCUGCUGUUUGUCUCCUGGCUGCGUUCAUGGUGUCUUACAGGAAAUGUCGAUCCUGCAGGAUCAGGAUCCAGACCGCCCCAGAGUGACUCAGUGAUCUGCAGCAAACACUGCCUUUAAAACCUUUGUAACAUUUCAGUCUUAAAUAAUAAUAAUAAAAAAAAGCUUUUAGAUGGA